AUGGAGGAGAAGCUGGCUGAUUUGGAAGCUAAAAUGAAGGCGAUGGCCGAGGAAAAGCCUCAAGCGACACAAAGUGCAGAGGAUCUCUUGAAAAGGCUUGCAGACUUGGAGGAAAAAAUCACGAAAGUCAUGCCCAAGGAGACUGAAGCAUCAAAGCAGAAGGACGCAAAGACCGGCGCUGCAAAGGAACUGACCGAGGAAGAGAAAAAGGAAAAGAAGAAGGAAGACGAUGCAUGGGGAGAUUUGAAGAGCUAUGACGAAGCGUUUGAGGAACUCCAGAAGGAUAAAGAGAACAACGACCUGGCGCUGUUUUCAAAGCUCAGUGAAGAAAUCAGAGAGAAGCACGGUGUUUGGGAGGAGGCCUGA